CAGCUAUGAAACGAUUAAACCACUCCCCUGCUCACAAAUCUUCACACUCCAACGCCAGGGAAGCUCUCAACAACCUUUGGAGCUCACGGUCCCAGGAAAAGUUUCGCGUCCUUUCUGCGACUUUCAGUUCUUGUUGCAACCCCAUUUGUAAAUUCAAACCCAUUUUGAUUCUUGGAUCACAAGGGUCGCCCAGGGAGGAAUGCAUUAGUUACUUCCUGCUCUGUCAUGCCUCUCCUCAGUUUGUUCCUCUUUUUGGUGACCUGCGGAGCUGCCCUGUCUUCCACAGGUUAUUUCUGGCACAUCACAGAUAUGCACUGGGAUCCUGAUUACCAAGUUACUGACAAUCCAUUGGCAGUAUGCCCUUCUGCUUCGGAUCCUGUAAAGAAUCCUGGAAAAUGGGGUAAUUACCUGUGCGAUUCCCCAUGGGCUCUGAUCAAUUCAUCGAUCUAUGCCAUGAAGGAUAUCUUCCCGAAUCCCAACUUUAUAAUUUGGACAGGGGAUGACACUCCACACAUCCCCAAUGAGAAGCUCAGUGAUGAAGCAGUGCUGAGGAUGAUAGGGAAUGUGUCGCAGCUCAUACAGCAUGUGUUCCCAGAUAUCAAAGUUUACGCUGCAAUGGGAAACCAUGAUAUGCAUCCAAAGAGUCAGUUUCCUGCCACUGGCCACCUGAUUUAUAAUCGAACUGCGGAGCUGUGGGCCCAGUGGUUGGAUGCAGCAUCAAUUCCCACUUUCCAGAAAGGUGCCUUUUACACAGAGAAGCUGCUGCAUCAGAAGGGACAGCGAAUAAUCAUCCUGAAUACAAACUUCUACUACAACAGGAAUGCACUGACUGUGGAUCUGAGUGACCCCGCUGGACAGUUUCAGUGGUUUGAUGAUGUCCUCUCCAGAGCCUCAACAGCAGGCGAGAAAGUUUACAUCAUUGGGCACAUACCACCAGGAUUCUUUGAGAAGAAACGGGGAACACACUGGUUCCAAGAAAAUUUCAACAAGAGGUAUAUAGAAAUCAUCACAAAGCACAGCCAAGUGAUAGCAGGACAGUUUUUUGGACAUCAACACCGUGACAGCUUUAAAAUCUUCUAUUCCAACAAUGGUUUUCCAGUUAGUGCUAUGUUCAUUGCCCCUGCGGUGACCCCUUGGAAAACCACAUUAGCUGGCUUACAAGAUGGAUCACAAAACCCUGGGAUUCGCCUCUUUGAAUAUAAUACAGACACUCUCCAGAUCUUGGAUGUGGUGACCUAUUAUUUAAACUUAACCUUUGCUAACACCUGGGCUCCACGUUGGGAAAAAGAAUACCGCUUAACAGAAGCAUUCCAAGUACCUGAUGCCACAAUUGAAUCCAUGCAGACUGUGCUGGACAAAUUAAGCCAGGACAAGAGUCAUCUGCAGAAGUAUUAUGAAUAUAAUUCGGUCAGCUACGACUUGGGGGAAUGUAAUGAGUGGUGCCGUACUGAUCACAUUUGUGCUAUUAAAGAUGUCGAUUAUAGUAGAUACAAAAACUGCAUCAAGUCUGGGGGAUCAUCCGGAAUGAAUGAAAUGUGGUUGUUGUGGCUUUCUGUGCUAAUAUUGGCCCUGCUAUUUCGUUACAAUUGACUGCAACUUCACAUCCAUGGAAUUUUACCUGUCUAUAUGUAAAUCACAAUCUGAUAUUACUAUUGAGAGAUAAUGUUGAUAUGGUGGGACGAAGGUUCACAUGGAGCAUAACCAACCGCAUAGAUCCGUUGGGCAAGCCUGUAAAUUCUGUACUCACAUACAAGCUUCCCAUACAUAAAGUAGGUGGUGCCUUCGUGCUUUAAUACUAGGGCAAGGGUCCAGGUUCAACUCACUUGUGGAUUUUUUUGUCCUCUUUGAAUCUUGAAAGCUUAAGAAUCAAAAAAAUACAUUAAAGAUGUCUUUUCAAAAAG